AUGCACUUUCCCAAGCUGUCGCCGUUACAAUGUCGAUUCACCGUGUCGCUGGCGGCAUCGGUAAUGGUCCUGUGUAUCUAUCUUUUCCUCUGGAACCCUCACUUCGCCUAUGCCGCCGAGAUAGAAACUACAAACAGCAGGCUGCCGGCGGCGGUCGUGCUGGAUGAUUAUGCGCUCGACUUGACAGAUGACCUGGACGACCUGGACGAUGACGAUCUAGAACUAGACGCGACUCAGCAAAACGAACAAUACACGAAAAGAGCUACGGGAGAUGUGGUGACUUUGGGUGGGAGCAACGUGCCUGGGCUGCUUAACAUCGAGGCGGGCAACACUACCAUCUGGCACUUCAGCAAUACCUCGCUCUGGGCUCCCUACGCGAAUGCCACGCCCGGUCUUCCCAGCAGCAUCGAUGAUGGUGACACUGGCGAUUCGGGCACAAUCUACAAGAGACAGGCCGCGUCCCCCAGACUCGUUUACAUAUCCGUCACGACCUGUCUGCAACCACAAUGGAAUGGCUCCACCAACCAGACGACCAUCCCGCCCCAGCUCACCCUCUAUGUGUCCAAUUCAACGUCCAACAAGGAGCCCGGCCCUAACGGUCCUGUCAGAGAACAGACGGCUAUCAGACUCAAUGAGGGUUUCGCCAACUAUUCCAUGAAUGCGACAACCGACAUCUACAUGUCAGUCCACGCUCCUGACAUGCCAAACAACUUUACUGGCAUUUGGAACUACGAGAUCGCCGCUUCCAUCGACAAUUACUAUCACGGCGCUCAUCCUGAUUCUCCUUUUCUCUACCUCGUCGACACCGACACUCACGCCGCACUGCUCGUCACAAACAACCUGACCGAAGCCAAUCCAGACGACAUUGUCUACCAGCAGUGGAUGAAUCUCACCUCACCUUUUACCGUCUUUGUCCAACCCACAAUCGAUAAGAGUCUGGAUGGUAUGAGGAACAGCUACUGCGGCAUGACCCACGCCAGCAUUAACAACGCUUCGAGCUCCGUCCAGUCGGGCAUGAUCACUCGCGGUCUGGGCCACAAACCUAAAGAGCAGUUCUACAUCCAGGAAUUGAACGGCAGCACCUCGUACUUUGGUGUUCUGGCCAUGGAAGGCAACUCGACAAAGACUGGUAGUGGUGUCGUCGGUGGUGGAGGUCAAGUCUGGCAGCCUGUCAACUUCCAGACAAAGGCCGACAACAACUGCGCCCUCGUCUUCAACCUGACUUUCUGCCACGAUGUCGCAUACGCUGUACCCAGCAAUCCCGAGAGAUACCCCGAUCAACCAUCCCUGAGCGCAGUCUACGAUUCGUACGCCGCCGGCCUAUACGAAAACUUUGCCAAAUCACUUGACCAGAUUCCUUGCAAUACAACCUUGUCAGCACAAUACUCCCCCGCCAAGAACUGCGACGACUGUGCCGACGCAUACAAGCAAUGGCUCUGUGCCGUCACUAUGCCCCGCUGCGAAGACUUUUCCUCUCCUCUACCAUGGCUGCAACCUCGCAACAUGGGUCAAAAGCCCAUCAACUCAUCCUCCUCUGUUGGCAGCAUGCCCAACCCAAACAUGUACAUGCAGCUUCAAGACCAGAUGGAUCAACAAUACGUACCCAUGACUUCUGCUCCUAGUGACAGCAACGCAUUCCGUCAGACCUAUGGCUCUGUGGCUGCUUCCAAUAGCUCCCGCAACCCGAGCAUUAUCGUCGACAAAAUUGCUCCUGGUCCGUACAAGGAGGUCAAGCCAUGUGAGGACUUGUGCUUUAGUCUCGUACGCAGUUGUCCCGCUGCUCUGGGCUUCGGCUGUCCUGAUCCAGGCAGAGGGCUUGAAGUGGACUAUGGAGAGAGAAGCGAUGAUGGACAAGUUACUUGCAGUUACCUUGGUGCGGUGUAUUAUUUGAAUGCUGCAUCUGGUAGUGGGCCUUCAUCGCUAGUCUUUGCAGUCACUAUUGCUGCUGCAGUGUCGUUGUGGAUAUUGACUUGACAGCAUGGUCUCGGGUAGAGGGUUCUUUAGCAUAGCGAUUGGCGUUUCUCU